AUGAUCAGCAGGAUUUUCAUCGCUUGCCUGUUUCUCGGGAUGUACAGUACGGGCUCCUCGCUAAGUUGCAAAUGGAUUGUAAAACAUCCAGGCAACAAAAUGAGUCAAUUCAGUCUGUACAACGAAAUAGCUUUAGGUCGACUUCAUAUGAUGGUGAGUGCACUUCUUUGCAUAAUGUUUAAUAUUACUAACACCACUAAGGAUGCUGAAAUUGAGCACAACGUAGCUUUCCCUAAUCGACUGUAUCGCCAGACGUCCAAAGCAACAGCUGAGGAUAAACUGGCUUUCACAAUUCAGAUUCUGAAUGACCUGUUUGCCCUGUUUAAGAAGAAUCGCAGCUCUGCACCAUGGGAGGAGAACACAGUGGAGAACUUUCUCAAUAUUGUCCACAAACAGACUGAAGAGCUUCGCUCCUGUAUUGGAAGCCACAGCAAUACGACACAGAAGGGGCAACAGCUGUCUUUUAGGAGAGAAAUGUAUUUCGAGAGACUCUUAAAUGAAAUCCUAAAGAAAAAUGGUUACAGUGCUGAAGCCUGGGAGAAGAUUAGGAACAUAACACAAGCCCAUCUGAGACGAUGUGAAUUUCUCAUAUCUCCGAGAACUGCCCACUGAAAGUUGU